AUGAAAUCCGUAAAUCUACGUUCAAUGGGAAUCGCUCAAAAUAAGACACAACUCAAUGUUGAAUCCAUGGAUACUUGUACAAUAUUCACAUCUGAAAACGAUUAUCUAGAAAAUGUAGAGGAGGAAGAUAUGUCAUUAUGUUCAUUGAGGUCGAACGAAGAGAAUAAAAAUAUAAGAAAUUCGACAGCGCUCAUACAUGAAAGUACUCUUAAUGAAGAUUUCAUUCCAAAUGAUAUAUCAUGCAUUGAAGGCCAAAAUGAAAGCAUAUAUCUUCCAGGAAUAUGCUACACUGGCAGUUUUGUUAAAUUUCAUGGACAAACUUCAAAAUUGAAGAAACGAGUGAGAUUUGAUGAAAAGUCACCAAAACUGAAAACAACAGAUGAAAAAGAAGUACAGAAACUUAUGAAGGAAACGGCUGAAAAUCCAAGAGAUAUUACUCCUGAGAGCAAUGAAUUCCCCAAGGACAAGAUGAGCAGUUUGAAAAGACAACGGCGACUUGUGUUUAAAAAUAGUUCUGAAACAGUCCCAGCCUGUUGUCUUUUAGAUCUUGAAGAAACCAAAAACAAAAAAAAGUGCCUCACCUGGUUUGGUAAAACUCCCUUGGUUGUUACACUUGAAGAAUCUGAAACAUUUCCAACAGAUAUUUUGUUAACUUAAUUGUAACAAGUCAGGUUUGUUGAUUUUCAUUUAAUUAACUGUUUCAUUAUUAUUUUAAAUUUAUGGCAUGUUAUCUAUAAAAGGAAAAGGAAAAAAUGAAGAAUUUAAAAUAUGCUUCUAAUUUCUAAAUAUUUGAAUAAAAAAGUAUGUACAAUUUGUCAAUAGUUGGUAAAUAUUGUUAUUUUCAUUGCUAUGUAAGUACCAUAACAAUUAAAAUCAAACUUUUGUUAUGUCA